UUAUAACACGCAUAUGCUAUUUACUGUUUUAUAUAGUUCAAUAAAAUAUUAUUGAAAUAAAUAUGUGUUAAGUAAUGUGUAUAAUUAAAUUAUAUCGUACAUAAAAAUAUUGUGUGAAAUAAUAAUUUUUAAUUUGAAAAUUAAAGCUAUAUAAUUUAAUUUUUAUUAAUUAUACGAGCUGCAUACUUAAGAUAUAUUCAAAAUGAUUAAAUAUGUUCGAUUACUUUAUCAUAAAAAAUGGAAAUUUCCUUAUAUUCUUUUUUACAUGACACAGUAUAAUUAUGACGUAAUAAUUAAAUACCUUUGAUUUCAUUUAUCAAAAAUUGACAAUCGAUUGGAAUUUAUGCCGAUAAGCAAAAAGUGUACGUUUAUGUCGCAGUGGGGCGACACAUUAGCGUCGCAAAUGGAAAUAAUAUUACCAAUCAUUAUCUUUUUUCCUAAUCUUCCUAUUUAUACCGGUUGCACUCCAUUCAGUUUCCUAGUGAUGAAGUGAUUCAUAGUAGUUACUGAGUUUAGAGGAAGAUAACUGUUAAUCUACAAUGGGCUUAGAGGAUUAUAAAGAACUUGUGGCAUCAUGUGCCUCAAUUUGUACAAUGGGUCAAAUGUUAUCUGGAACAUUGAUAUGUAAGGAUAUUUAUAAAAAAGGCUCAUCCGAAGGUUUUGAUUCCAUGCCUUUUUUGGGUGGUAUAGGAAUGUGUAUUUUAAUGCUUCAAUAUGCAUGGAUUUUGAAAGAUAUUGCAAUGAUUAAUGUUAAUGUUUUUGGAUUACUCACAAAUAUGGCAUACAUGGCUGUAUUCUAUUAUUACUCACCACACACGAAACAUAUACUUGCUUUGAUAGGCAAGGCAACAACUUUUGUCAUGGUCUUUCUUGCAUAUGCACAAGUGGAAAGUCCCGAGAAGAUCGAAUUUAGAUUCGGUUUGAUUGUGACAGUGUUAUUGUUGCUCUUAGUAGCAUUUCCUCUCGUACAUCUUAGAAAAAUUAUAGAAACAAAAAAUACGGAUAUUCUUCCAUUUCCGAUCAUAUUUAUGGGUACUAUUGUCACAUUUUUAUGGUUAUUAUAUGGUCUCAUAAUUAAUAACGUUUUUAUUAUCUUUCAGAAUUCGGUAGCUUUUGUUUUAUCUUUGGCACAAAUGUCGUUAUUCGUAAUAUACCCAUCGAAAUCGAAAAACAAAGAAUUCACAGAAAAGAAAACGGAAUAAGAAAAGUGAAGUGAAAUUAUGUAAAUAUUAAAAGCGUGUAGAUUUCAACAAACAUUUUAUCUUCAGCUAUUAAAAUUUAUCUACACGUAUACUGAUUAAAAUAAGUUUUUAAAUUCCAAUAGUUUUAUUACAUAAUAUACAUCACAUUAUUAGCCACGACUGUGCCUACUAUUGUGCCUAGACAAUUUAAAAAAAAUAAAUAAGAUUUUUUUAAAUUAAA